AUGAAUCCUGUCGUUGAAACAGUUGAAUAUCGACCACAGGACCACCAAACUGCAACAAAUACAAACAACAAAAAAGAAGAUGGCAAAGCCUCUUCUUCAAAAAAUAAAGAAGAAAUAAAAGAUUUGACUCAAAUAAAAAGAUAUCCUUACAAUCAGCCUUUCCCGGGGGCUGCGGAAGCAACAAAACAAAUUUUGGAAGACGACACAAAUAAAAAUAAAAUGGCAAAUUUGAAAUUUAAAGGAGUUGGAAGUUAUAAAUCUAAACGGGUUUUUAAGGUUAUAAUAAUUGGAGAUGCAGGUGUGGGCAAGACUUGUUUAAGUUAUCGAUUUUGUAAUGGACGCUUUCCUGGGCCAACCGAGGCAACUAUUGGCGUGGACUUUCGUGAACGCUCUAUAAUUAUUGAUGAGGAAUUGAUUAGAAUACAAUUGUGGGACACAGCAGGUCAAGAAAGAUAUCGUCAGUCAAUUGUAGCUCAUUACUACAGAAAUGUGAAUGCUGUUGUUUUUGUUUAUGACAUAAAUAAUAUUCAAUCAUUUAAAUCUUUGCCUGCCUGGAUUUUGGAAUGUAAAAACCAUGCUUUAACUUCUGGAGAUGAUACGCCUCAUAUUUUGAUUGGAAAUAAAUGUGAUUUGCAAACAACAAAUAAUGAAAGAAUUAAAACUGAACAGGCACAGAUUUUUGCUGACGAUAACGAUAUGGCAUUAUUCGAAACCUCAGCAUUUGCUGAUUCUGAAGCUGACCAUAUAGAAGCAAUUUUUAUGACUUUGGUACAUAAAUUACGUCAUAGCAAGCCUAUGCAUGUUCAAUCAAAUGAAGAAAGAAGUUUAAAAGGACAACAAAAAAUUCUGUUAAAAGCUAAUGAGAUUGGGAAUGAAGAGGAUAAUGAAGAAGAAGGAAUGUGUUGUUAA